AUGACCUCGGGUUUUCUGAAGAGUGAGAGAGUUUCCCGAAUGGUUCAAAGCGGUGGGUGCUCAGCCAAUGACUUUCGUGAGGUUUUUAAGAAAAACAUUGAGCGCCGGGUGCGCAGCCUUCCAGAGAUCGAUGGCUUGAGUAAAGAGACUGUGCUGAGCUCCUGGAUUACCAAGUAUGAUACUAUCUACCGUGGGGAGGAAGACAUGCGGCGCCAAACACAGCGGGCACACCUGAGUGCUGUUUCAGAGCUCAUCCUCAGUAAAGAGCAGCUGUAUGAAAUGUUCCAGCAGAUACUGGGCAUACGCAAGUUUGAGCAUCAGCUGCUAUACAACGCCUGUCAGCUUGACAAUGUGGAUGAACAAGCUGCUCAGAUCCGCAGAGAGCUGGAUGGGAGGCUACAGCUGGCUGAGAAGAUUGCUAGGGAAAGGACAAAUCCAAAGUUUGUCUCUACUGACAUGGAGGCUUUGUACAUUGAAGAGUUGCGUUCUUCUGUCAACUUGCUGAUGGCUAACUUGGAGAGUCUGCCCGUGUCCAAAGGAGGUCCAGACUUCAAACAGAAGCUUAAGCGCUCCUCUAUGAACAACUCCUUCUUGGAUAUAGGGGAUGAAGGAGACGUACUGUCCAAAUCUGAUGUUGUGCUGACCUUUAACCUGGAGGUUGUUAUUGUUGAGGUCCAGGGGCUGAAGUCAGUCGCUCCAAACCGAAUUGUUUACUGCACCAUGGAGGUGGAGGGCGGAGAAAAACUUCAGACUGACCAAGCAGAAGCUUCAAGACCACAAUGGAGUACUCAGGGAGACUUCUCUACAACUCAUCCCUUGCCUUUGGUUAAAGUAAAGCUCUUUACAGAAAGCACUGGUGUCUUGGCUCUGGAAGACAAGGAACUGGGCAGGGUGGUCCUGAUCCCCACCACCAGUGGUCCAAAGCAGGCAGAGUUCCACCGGAUGGUGGUCCCUAAGAACAGCCAGGACACAGAUCUGCAGAUCAAACUGGCCGUCCGGAUGGACAAGCCUCCCAACAUGAAGCAUAGUGGGUGACUGAAUGCUGC